AUGGAUGUUGGGCUGUGUUUCGUGGCGCUUUUGAGGAUUUUGCUCUUCUCCAGCGUCUUUCACGGCUGUGUGUUCUCGGUGCUCGACUGCCCGCCGGCCUGCACCUGUUCCUCCACCGACAUUCACUGCAAUAAAUCGGACGGGGGGAAUUUCUUCCCUCUGCUCGCUCUGCAGGACAGCAGCAACGGCAGCAGCGGCGGCGGAGACAUCGAAGACCUGUUCAGAAACAUCACCACCAUACACAUAGAGAACUGGACAGGACUGCAGAUCCUGAAGGACGUUGACAUGGAGCUGUACACGGGACUACAGCGGCUGACUAUCACGAACUGCAAUCUACGAACGAUUCAAGCGCGUGCAUUUGCACAAAACCCUCACCUCCGUUACAUAAAUCUGUCCAAGAACCCACUUACCACUCUCUCCUGGCAGCUCUUCAAGAACCUUCAGCUGGUCGAACUGCGACUGGAGGGGAUUGUGUUCAGCUGUGGCUGUGAGAUUCGUUGGAUCCAGCUGUGGCAGCAGAGAGGGGAGGCAGGUUUACACACCCAGCAACUCUUCUGCAAGACCGGCGCCAACAAGAUCCGCCUGCGUGCAAUGAACAUCGCUCACUGUGACCUCCCUGAUAUCAGCGUAACACACAGUAACCUGACGGUGAUGGAGGGAGACAACAUCACAGUCAGCUGUAACGGUUCAGGUUCUCCAUUACCUGAUGUGGACUGGACCGUGAAAGGACUUCACUCUAUCAACACACAUCAGUCAAACGUCUAUUGGCCAAACAUUCACUCCAUCAACCUCACUCUCGUCAACGUAAGCCGGGACGACAACGGCUUCGUCCUCACCUGCAUCUCUGCAAACGUGGUCGGGAUGACCAACAUGUCUCUUCAGCUGGCUGUGCAGUUUCCGCCAGUGAUUAUAAAGUUGGAGGAGCCGGAACGCAGGCACCACACUUGCAUCGAGUUCACCGUGCGAGGUUUCCCUCAUCCCACGCUACAGUGGUUCCACAAAGGCCGCGAGAUCCAGGCCCCGUACAUCCACACUGAGAUGGAGCUUUACCAGGACUACCUGGAAGGCUGCCUGACUUUUGAAAACCCUACACACCACGAUAACGGGAACUACACACUGGUGGCCACCAACUCGCUCGGCUCAGUCACCAAAACUGUCUUCGGCCAUUUCCUGGAGGCGCCGCCAUUUUUGGAAGAGGAUGGAAUUAUUGAGUACGGAGACCCUACACCUGGGAACGAUGUGAACAGGCCGGACGAGGACUCAUUCGGGAUGUCUAUAGCUGUUGGAUUGGCUGCUUUUGGCUGCGUGUUUCUCAUCGUGAUGUUUGUGCUGAUCAACAAGUACGGCAGACGCAACAAGUACGGAAUGAAAGGUCCUGUAGCAGUGAUCAGUGGGGAGGAAGACUCCGCCAGUCCACUUCAUCAUGUCAAUCAUGGAAUCAUCACGCCCUGCACACUGGAUGCCAGUCCCGAUGCCGUGGUGAUCGGGAUGAGCCGUAUUCCUGUGCUGGAGAACCCGCAGUACUUCCGGCAUGGACACAACUGUAACAAACCAACCACCCAUGUCCAGCAUGUGAAGCGGAGGGACAUUGUUCUGAAGCGGGAGCUGGGAGAAGGGGCUUUCGGCAAAGUCUUCCUGGCCGAGUGCUACAACCUCAGCCCUACCAAGGAGAAGAUGCUGGUAGCUGUCAAGACCUUGAAAGACCCGACUCUGGCCGCCAGAAAAGACUUCCAGAGAGAAGCUGAGCUACUCACCAACCUGCAGCACGAGCACAUUGUGAAGUUUUACGGCGUGUGUGUGGACGGCGACCCGCUCAUCAUGGUGUUUGAGUAUAUGAAGCAUGGAGACCUUAAUAAGUUUCUGAGGGCUCAUGGUCCAGACGCCACCAUUUUGGUGGAUGGCCAUCCGAUGCAGAGCAAUGGCGAACUUGGUCUUUCUCAGAUGCUGCACAUUGCCACACAGAUUGCAGCUGGCAUGGUGUAUCUGUCCUCACAGCACUUUGUGCACCGUGACCUGGCCACACGCAACUGCCUGGUGGGAAACGGCCUCCUGGUGAAGAUUGGAGACUUCGGCAUGUCCAGGGACAUCUACAGCAUGGACUACUACCGGGUGGGCGGACACACCAUGCUGCCCAUUCGCUGGAUGCCACCCGAGAGCAUCAUGUACCGGAAGUUCAGCACAGAGAGUGACGUGUGGAGCUUCGGCGUCAUCAUGUGGGAGAUCUUCACCUACGGCAAGCAGCCGUGGUUUCAGCUGUCCAAUAACGAGGUGAUUGAGUGCAUCACACAAGGGCGUGUUCUGGACCGGCCUCGUCUUUGUCCCAAGGAAGUUUACGACCUCAUGCUGGGCUGUUGGCAGAGAGAACCGCAACAGCGACUGAACAUCAAAGACAUUCAGAAAGUCCUGUAUGCCUUGGGCAAAGCUGCACCGGUCUACUUGGACAUCCUUGGCUAACGCUGGUGCGCUUCGUCAGGCCUGAGGCCAACACAAUCCAGGAGAAACCAAACGGCCCCUAACCUUACUGCACCACUGUAAAAUCACCUACAUGUCGGGGAUGGACUUAAGUGCCUGCAACACCAUUUUUUUUCAAUACACUCGAAUAAAAAGUACAAAAUAUUUAAAGAAAACUUUUACAUUUUCUUUACUCGUACAGUAUAUAGUGUACAGAAUUCUACAAAGCUAAACAUUUUCCUAAAAACUGAUCAAUAAAAGACAGCGAAGUUGUGUAAAAGAUAUGUUGCCUUUGAAAUGGCAACCACGUAUCUAAUGAACAAAGCUUUCCAGUGUUUCAUUUUAUAAACGUAUAUAUACAUAUAUGAAUAUAUUUUUUAUUUAUUUAGUUUCAUUCUUGAAGGUAUGGGUGCCUGUCGUGUUUAGCACUGUUGAUAGAUCUUCAUUUCAAGAUGGACUUCUGAUGUUGUUUUCUCUGGCACAUAGUCGGCAAAGCCUUACUAAAUUUCCGUUACUCUAGUUAGCAUCUGUUUUUUGUUUUUUGUUGUUGUUUUUUUUUGCUUUUCCCCCUUUCUUUUUUUUAUACUCUGCCAUUUUGAUUUGUCAGUGACGAGUGCUUGAGUGGAAAAAAUCUUUAGAAUACUAAAAUAUAGGUAUAUUUUAAUUGUAUGUGAUUGUACAUACUGUAAAUUUCUAUACUGGUCAGCUUAAAUUAUUUUUUUUCUUUAUAUGUUUGUUUUUGUUUUGUUCUUUGGUUGGUAGCAUCGAUUUUCUAAACACAGCCAUGAGAGGGCAUAAAUAUUGUUCAGUGUGACCACUAUUGUAUCACUUUAAUCUCGCGCUCUACAGUCAAAUCAUUUACAGUUUGAAUCUGCUGUAAGACAGUCAAAGGCAAGUGAAUGUUUGUGGAGGAAAUGUCAACUAUCUGCAGAAUCACAUUCAAUGGUAAACUGCUUUACUUUCGAACUUGCCAAAAACAUAAACUACAGUGCAAGCUUUGUGUCACUAUUCUAUAAUGACACCCACCUAAGCAAUGUUUUUGCGAAUCUUCAUAGUACGUGAUAUCAGUGCCAUUGCAUCUGAAGUUAACGAUCUCAUGGUGUUUGUUGUCUGUAGCGAAACAAUUCUGUGUUCUUUUGCAAUGGGAGUGUUUGUAGUUAUUUUACACCAAAUCUUUCACAGCGUCACUGUUUUGACAACUUCCGAUUCUCUUGCCUCUUUGCAGUACCGGAAAGGUUUGCUAAAGACAAAUGAAAAAUGUAUGUUUAGAAGAUGUAUUAAAUAAACAUUCAAAUAUGGUCA